UCUUGGGAGGUGCCACUGCCAUCUAAUGAUUUGCAAUUUUGCAGAGAUUUCCUAAAAACCCGUUUUUGUCCAUUUGGGCGUUUGGGUAGAUAAUCUGAUGGGAUUUUGGAUUCAAAAUUUGUCUCCGAAACCCUGAAAGACAGACUGUGAGGGAAUCAGCAGUUGGAAUUAGUCCGAUACGAUCAUGGAUCGCAGUUCAGUGACGGAGUUCAUUGGAAAGGAAGUUCCGGAUUGGGACGACGAAGUGAUCGCCAUGGCACGAUUCAAGGCGUUUAGCGGCCAGAGAUCUGACUGGGAACUCAAAUUUCGGUUCUGGAGAGAUUUGAUUCUCAAAAUCGCUCGACAUUUUGGUAUCUUCAUCAUUCGACCUCAAGAGGUUAAGGAAGAGUGGUUCAAUCGAGGAGGACUGACCCCUUUAUGCAUCGAUCAUGUGCUGUCUUUAAUGUAUAAUGAAGGUGAUAUUGUGAGGAGUGGGGAUCUUGUUAAUCCAAGGAGCGGACGACUCUCCAAUUUGUUUGUGAGAGUAAGAAAUUUGACCUUUAGAUCUUCGACUCGUGACAUCAUGCUUGAAGAUCAUGUCGUUCUUACAACGCUACUGAAGGAGAAAGCUGGCGAAGUUGUCAAGCUUUUAUCUGACUCUCAUUGGACAUCGUCAUGCAUAGUUACACUGGAGAAGUUUGAAGGCAUGUGUGAUGGACCAAUCGAGGCAUCUGCGGUCUUGAGUUACUUGUCUGGAUGUGGGAAAGGACAGUACCUCUCUAUCAGUAAGAAGGAAUUUAUUGAGGGUGUAAAAGUUUCUCUUACACAUGCUGUAGUCUCUGGUAUAACAAGUUUAGAUUGUGAUGUGCUGCACCUAAUUUGGACAACUGAAAAACUCCAGCGACAACUAGACAUAAUAGAUCGUCGUCAUGAAAUGUCAAGAAAAUCAGCAUUAGCUUGUUUGAGCUCUGGGAAUAAGAAAUUAGCCCUCAGGCAUGUGAGGGAGUUAAAGUUAGCCACAGAGAGCAGAGAAAAAUGCUCCUCACUUUUAAACAGAGUGGAGGAAGUCCUCAGCAUUAUUGCAGAUGCUGAAUCUACAAAGAAGGUAUCCGAAGCCAUCCAAAUUGGAGCACGAGCAGUGAAGGAAAAUAGGAUAACUGUUGAGGACAUUCAACUCUGUUUAGAAGAACUAGAGGAGGGAAUUGGUACGCUGAAGGAAGUUGAAAAGGCUAUUGUAGAAUUUUCUGUGUCAGUUACUGACAUUGAGAAUGAAGAUAUUGAAGAAGAGUUCAGGAAGCUUGAAUUGGAAAUCAAAUAUGACAAACUUCCAGUCCUUGGGAUCGACGUUAGGCGGGAAGCACCAGAAAAGGCUUCUUCAGAAUCUGCUGAAUUGUUAACUAACGCUCUGUCAAAUCUAAAGCUUGGGGAUGGAUCAGCUGAGAAUCCAGGACCACUUGAUUCUGUAGCACCAGGCAGGAUUGAAAAAUUGCGGAAUCCCAUCCCUGAAGCUGCAUAAGUACUAAUUCCUACUGAAUCUCAGUACAUAAAAAAUUUCGCACUUGUGUUGUACUCCAAUGUGUAUAUACUUGAGAAAUUGUAGUAGACAUUCAUUAUUUCUAUUAAGGAUCAUGUCUCUUUUAAUAUGUAGGAAGCUUUAUUAACUCUGCUCUACAAGGAGGGAACUUUCUGAAUGAGUUUUUGACAUUCUGGGUA